AUGAUGGUCGAAUUUCGCAACGUGAAUUUAUUACCCUUCCCACUUGCAAAACGAAUAGCAUACUUUCACAGCUUCGUAAUAAUGGAAAGAGACUACAAGAGAUUAGAACAUAAUGGUGCGGAGAUGAGCGGCAAGCGCACACGCAGUUAUAGAUGCGCAGUACACCACCGUGACCGUGAGGUCAGUUCCGAGAACGACUUCCAUCUGCUCCUAGAGGAUCCCACGUUAUUCGCCAGAAUGGUGCACCUAGUAGCGAUGGAGAUGCUCCCGGAGGAGCGGGAUCGCAAGUACUACCAGGAAAGGUAUACUUGUUGCCCCCCGCCCUUCUUCAUCAUCUGUGUCACGCUGUUAGAGCUGGGCGUGUUCGCGUGGUACGCGUGGGGCUCGGGUGGCGUGGCGGCGGCGGCUGGACCCGUCCCCGUGGACUCGCCACUCGUCUACCGCUCAGACCGGCGCCGGGAGCUGUGGCGGUUCCUCACCUACAGCGUCGUGCACGCUGGCUGGCUGCAUCUCGCCUUCAAUCUCCUUGUCCAACUCGCGGUGGGGCUGCCACUAGAGAUGGUGCACGGCGCGGCGCGGUGCGCGGCGGUGUACCUGGCGGGCGUGCUGGGCGGCUCGCUGGCGGCGUCGGUGCUGGACCCCGACGUGUGCCUGGCCGGCGCCUCGGGCGGCGUGUACGCGCUACUGGCCGCGCACCUCGCUAACGCACUGCUCAACUUCCACACCAUGCGCUACGGCGCUGUCAGACUCGUCGCCGCGCUCGCUGUCGCCUCCUGCGACGUGGGCUUCGCGGUUCACGCUAGGUAUACUAAGGAAGCGCCCCCGGUAUCGUACGCGGCGCACGUGGCGGGCGCGCUGGCAGGGCUGACGAUCGGCCUGCUGGUGCUGAAGCACGCGCAGGCGCGGCUGUGGGAGCGCCUGCUGUGGUGGGCGGCGCUGGGCGCGUGGGCGGCCUGCACGCUGUUCGCGGUGCUCUACAACGUGUUCAGCGCGCCCGUCGACGAGCUGCACUACCUGCCGCCCGACCCGCCGCCCGACCCCGGCUUCUGACGCAGCUCCCCCCCGACCGACCGCAGGCUUUGACUCCGACACCGAGCCUCAUGGCCUCACUAGUUGCGGCCGACCCGUUUUUCUACUUGUUCCCCACUUCCGAGGUCGAAGCCUAAGCCUUAGUUCGCGGCCAGUACGGUCCACUCACAACGCGCCUAGUCAAUUUACCUUAGUGUGAUUUGCUAUAAGUAGUAUUAUAUUCGAGGAGGCCCCGGUGCCUGAAUGUCAGUAUCUAUACGUUUCGUAUUGUGCUUCUCGAGUCAUUUCUAUGUUUGUUGAGAUUAUGUUGUCCAUUUUCGUAAUUUCGUUUUACAAUGGCCUCCUCGUGAUACUUAAUUGUUAAGUAGUCUUAAUUGUAUUGAAUAGGUGAACUAUUUUUGUACCUACUAUCAGCGUCCGUAGUGUAUAGAUGAAGGCGUUACCGCGACACAACAAUGUAAUGUUCCCGUGUGGGCUGAUCGACUUUACUAAAUGCAGUUGACGUAAUUUAUUUCCAAUCACAAUAGUUGUAUGAGCCACGCUACAUUUAGUAAAGCCCCUCAGCGUAGUUAUGCCCAACACACCAAAGAUUAGGAUAAACAGUGUCCAUUGCUAGAGUAGUGGAAUAUUCCUUACUCUCUCCUUGUUUCAAAUUUGAAUAAAUAUGAAUACACAGAUUUUUAUUAAAUUGCUCACUGUUAAACAAAUACUAUAAGUAUGCCUCAGUAACAGAUUCUAACGUGAAUAAUUAUUGUUAUUUAAGUAUUUGUGUAAAUUGCUCAAUUGCAAUGAUUAUUUUAAUCAGAAAUGAUUAUAUGCUCAAGAGUGAGUUGUUUUUUUUUUUAUUUAAUUGGAUCAAUUAUUUGCUGAUAUAUUGUCGUAACAGAUAUUUGUUUAUUGUGAUUUCGUCCAGUUGCAUUCGUCGCAUUCGUCCUGUGUUCUAAUAACGAUCCGACGAUAAACACGUUUCUCACUACUCACUAGUAAAUAGUUUUAUUAUUAAUAAUGUGCCUGAUUCCUAUUAUUGUAAAUUUGAUCGUAUACUUUAAUUCUAAUCAAAUAAUGUCAGGAAACGACUGAGUUUUGUAUUAAUUAUUGCAGAAUAUUUUCUCGUUUAAUUUAUUUUAAAAUUAUUUUAAGUGUGAAUCGGAAUAAUUAUGAUUAUGUGAUUAUAUAAAUGAAAAUAAGAGUGAAUAUAAUUGAGAAUUAUUACAAACUUUGUUUUCUUUGAAACCUGAUAUUAAAAUACGGAAUGAAAAAAAAACUCCAUUUCAGCUUACAUAAUGUAACAUGUUAUAAACUUAACAAAUUGUUGUCAACUAUCUUACAACAUUGAGUACAUUAAAAACUACACUUUGGUAACUACUUUUGUCAAAUGGUUCUAUAAACAUGCAUACAACUUGAAUUUAAUACUGAGUUACAUAAAUGGAACAUAAUUAAUUGGCAGCUCCACAGUCCAUCAUAAUCGCAAAAUUAUAAAAUAUAUGACGUAAUAAACAUUAUUUAUUACAAUUUUACACAUAGCAAACAAAAACAAAAUAAUUAACAACAAAUAUUCUUUCUAACCCUGGUAUAUGUCCAUGUAAUUAAGUACCUAUCUACAAUUUAUAUUAAACUUUAUUAUAAUUUAAUAAAAACAAACCUAAAUUGCCUAUGUUCACAACUACUAAAGUCAUUCUUUUCUUUGAAAAUGUUAACAACAGCAAAUAAAUAUUCACAACAGCAUGAUCUUUAAAGAUUUAAUUAACAUUACAAUUGAAUGAUGACUAUCAAAGCUUAAAGCCUGUCAUUUGCAUACCUACCACUAUUAAUUGCACAUAAAAUGGUACUAUUUAAAACCCACCAUAUUGCCACAGAUUAACAGCAAGUUUAUAUAAACCUACACCUUAUUGUUAAAGAUUUAAAAAUAUGUUCUAAACAGACCAACUGUGGCUCGUACCCAUAGAGGUGUGUCUCUGUUCUGUAGUUGACUACUGCACUCAGUAGCAUAUUUGUGCAACAGCUGUGAUUCUUCAUGUAAUUUUACCUGAA